AUGCGUCGCCAUGGCAGGGCCUCAGGAGGCCCGACCAAGGCCGCUUCGCCCUUGUCCGACACCGUCUCGCUCAUCCAUUCCUUCGAUUCGGUUUUGAACCCCAACCGACCCGCGCGCCCGUCACCCUUGGCCUCCUCCCAUAUCAAAGCCUUGCCACUUGAACUUGUCGAUCGCUUGCGCUCCUUUCCGCUCUUCCAGUCCACUCCCGAAUCCUUCUUGUUCGAAGUUGGCCAACACCUGCGCCCACAGCUCCACGCCCCGAAUGAUUAUAUCUUGACCGAAGGCGACGAUGCCAGGGCGAUCUACUGGCUGGUACGAGGCGAGGUCUAUGUGACCUCUCGUGACGGCGAGAGUAUAUAUGCCGAACUGCAACCGGGGGCCUUCUUUGGGGAAAUUGGCGUGUUGAUGGACCGGCCGCGCACGGCAAAUAUCAUCGCUCGCACCCGAUGCAUGCUGGUCGUGCUUACCAAAGAAGAUUUCCGAAAUAUUUUACCACGCUUCCCGGAAGUCGAGCAAGCCAUUCGAGAAGAAGCCCAGGAACGGUUGAUGAUCCUAGAGAAGAAAAAGAAAGAAACCUCAGCCCCAGUCGUGGAGUCGCCUAGCCCAAGUCCCGUACGUCGGGGCUCGAAAAGAUUGCGCGAAAGCUCUGCCAAAGAUCUCGCAGUCGCGGAGGAAGACCUUACCGUCAAGUCAGUUCACAAGAAGCGCAAGUCUCCCAGUCCGGGCCGCCGCGAUCCCUCCAGCGCUCUUGCAAAUGGAUUGGUCAAUGUUCGCCUUUUGCUCAAGGAAUUGCCUCUUUUCUCGGGCCUUCCCGCCGAUAUUUUGCACUUCCUUGGUCUCAAUGCCCAGCCACGGUCAUUCCCACCAUUCACAGACAUCAUCAAACAAGAUUCUCAAGGUCGGGAACUUUACUUCAUCGUUCGGGGUGAGGUGGAGGUUGUCAGCGAGAGACAGGAACAAAGCCAUGCGCACACGGGCCAAAUGAAUGGCACAGAUCAUCUGAACGUCGAAAUCAAGGCCCGACUCAAACAAGGCCAGUAUUUUGGAGAAGUGGUCAGUCUAUCGCUGGCGCCGCGUCGAACAGCUACUGUUCGGUCGGUCACGUCGGUCGAAUGUCUCAUGUUGAGCGGAGAAGUGCUCUCGAAAUUCUGGGAAAUGUGCCCCCGAGAUAUUCGCGAACAAGUUGAACGCACUGCACAAGAACGGCUUCAAGCCGCUGCCGAUGGUGAUGUAGUCAUGUCAGAUGCGACAGACGAACAACCUCCUAUGGGUGAUCUAGACCUCGAUGACCGAGUGAAAAUCACUGCAUCGCGGAGGCGCUCGAUGCCGCUAUUGACAUUGACUGAAACGGAGUUAGAUGGUCCCCUUCAAUCUUCAACAACAGAAGACCAAGAUCAAGCCGUGUUGCGGCCAUCGGAUCCCGACCCCUACCUCAGCCUUGGACUGGACAAAGUUCGUCUGCGCAGUCGGCGAGGCUCCGUGGCACCCUUGACGCCGGAGACAAUUUCAGGCGAAUCGCAACGUUAUUCCCCCGUAGAACCUGUCUCUGCUAGUUCUUCGUCCCUCACUUUGCCCGAUGCCAUCAGUCUCUCAAAACCACAUGAUGCGGCACGACCUUUGAGCGAUGCCCACCGUGGCAUUUUCCCAGACAGUAUACUGUUGAAUAUCUUUCAGUUUCUGGAACUGCAUCACCUCCUUCGUCUUCGAGCAGUAUCUUCCCACUGGUCAGAGAUCCUAACCAAAUCACCAGAUGCAAUCCGUGACUUGGAUCUCAGCAUGUACAAUCGACAAGUCACAGACGAUGUUAUCGUCAAGAUCAUUUGCCCCUUUGUGGGAAAUAGGGCUCGGUCUGUCAACAUCGAUAACUGCUUUCAUGUCACAGAUGAAGGGUUCACUGCAUUGGCAACCACUUGUGGGCCAACCUCGACCGCGUGGAAAAUGAAGAGCGUCUGGGAUGUCACCGCAUCUGCGAUUCUCGACAUGACCAGCAAGGCUACCGGCUUAGAAGAAGUUGAUCUAAGCAACUGUCGAAAAGUGGGAGAUACCCUAAUGGCGCGGAUUAUCGGAUGGGUCGUUUCUAGCAGUCAACAAAAGCCCGAUGGCAAACAAACAACGAUCAAACCAACGCUUCAGACGGCUGAUUCUACAGUCUAUGGGUGCCCCAAGCUGAAGAAGCUCACCCUUUCUUAUUGUAAACAUGUCACCGAUCGGUCGAUGCAUCACAUCGCAUCCCAUGCCGCCAGUCGAAUUGAAGAGAUGGACUUGACGCGCUGUACCACGAUUACCGAUCAAGGGUUUCAGUAUUGGGGCAAUGCACGGUUCGCCAAUUUGCGCAAACUUUGCUUGGCGGAUUGCACCUACCUUACGGACAACGCUAUCGUCCAUCUUACCAAUGCUGCGAAGCAACUACAAGAAUUAGAUUUGUCCUUCUGCUGCGCACUUUCAGAUACAGCCACCGAAGUCCUUGCCCUCCAAUGCUCGCAACUCCAGUCUCUCAACAUGGCUUUCUGCGGAUCUGCUAUAUCCGACCCUUCUCUCCGAAGUAUUGGCCUCCAUCUUCUAUCUCUGCAGCAUCUAUCUGUUCGCGGCUGCGUACGAGUCACUGGUGUUGGUGUCGAGGCAGUCUCCGAGGGCUGCCAUCAACUUCAGUCCUUUGAUGUCAGCCAAUGCAAAAACCUCACACCCUGGCUUGAAGAGAACGGUUCUAUGCGUUAUGAACCGCGUAUCCAGUUCAAGACAGUAGCUUCAAGUAAGAGGAAGUAUAGGUGA